CAAACGUAAUCAACAGUAAUGCAAAACGCGCCCUUCCCCUGUGGAUCUGCUGUAUUGACAACCCCACAUGACACAUAAUUCGGGGACUGGAUUCGGAAAUUACCACCACGCCCUUCGGACUAGCCGCCCCUUUCUCAGUCAAACCUCUUGUUGACUGUGCCCCUCCUUUUUCUCUCUCUCUAUCCACACCCUUCCUUUCUCUCUUUUCAUCUUCUUAAAUCAAUUACUCGCCGAUUCCCUCCCCGAUUUUCUCACCCCUUCUAUAAAUUCCCACCAUCCCAUCCCCACUCCUCGGCAUCUCGACCCAUUUGCCCCCUUUUCCCCUCCCACCCUUCUCUCCCCUCUCUCACCCAAUUACCCAGAAGAAAAAGAAAUUGAUAACACAACCGAAAUUGUUUUCUCGAGGUGGAAGAAACCCAACGGACACGCAGAUCGUCCUCUUUUUUCAUUUCUUGUGAUUUGAUUUGCUUUGAUCUGGAUUAUCGGGAUUAAUGGCACCGAGGGAGAAGGCAGUUGCCGUCAAGCCUAACGUCGGUAACGUGAAGGAAGUGCAUUUUAGAGGAGUGAGGAAGCGGCCAUGGGGGAGAUAUGCCGCUGAGAUCAGAGAUCCCAGCAAGAAAAGCCGUGUUUGGCUUGGAACCUUUGAUACGGCGGAGGAGGCGGCUCGAGCCUACGACAACGCCGCUAGAGAGUUUCGCGGCGUUAAGGCCAAGACCAAUUUCCCUUUGCCCUCCGACGAUAAGCUUCUUAACCUUAACAAUAAGAUUAACAACAUCAACAAUAAUCAGAGCCCGAGUCAGAGUAGCACGGUUGAGUCCUCUAGCCGGGAGCAAGCUCUGAUGGUUGAUUCCUCCCCUUUGGAUCUCAAUCUAGGUCACGGUAUUGGCGGACUCACGACCGCUGGACCCAUCAGUUUCCCAUUUCAGCGUUACCAAAUUCCCAUGAUCGGAGAAGUUUUUACCCGCGGCAUACCGCCUUCGAAUCACGUUCUGUAUUUCGAUGCGGCUCUACGUACUGGAAUGAUCAACAGUCAUCCGAACCAACGGCUACACUUCGACCGUAUUCGUGAAGCGGUGAGUGAUUUCCGACGCGAUUUCGCCGGCAGCGGUGUUCAGAGCGACUCCGAUUCCUCCUCCGUUGUGGACAUGAACGGUCAAGACCUCAAGCCACGAGGAGGAAGCGGCGGCCGCCUGGAUUUGGAUCUCAACUUUCCCCCACCAGAAUCCGCCUGAAUUUUUUUUCCCUAAGCGAAGAUCGGCUGGGAUUUAUCAUAAAUUAGGUCCCCACUUUUUUUUUUCUUAAUUUUUGGGUUUGUGAAAAUAACUUAAAUACGAAAUAUUACGAUCAGGGAAGAUAUUAUGAAUAUGAUUGUGAAUAUAAAUCUGAUCUCCUCAUUUUUUUCAACACAGAGAGAAAAUGAAAAAUCCAUAUAUGGAGUUUUUGUCCUCCUUCUGAUGUUGUUGGUUGACGAGGGAUCAUUUUGCAAUUUUCCUCUUUUUUUUUUUUUUUUCUUUCCCAUGAAUUAAUUUUUGAUGGUAGUUGAAAAAUUGUAAUGAUGAUCUAAAUGGAUUUUUUUACUUGAUGAAUCACAAUGGAAAACAAGAAUUAAGAGCA